UCAACGCCAUAUUUCUCCUUUCCUCGUUUACCCGACUCGUUCCGAUCUCGUUGCCCGUCUCUCCUCGUUCCUCCCCCGCUCCUCUCCCAUCUCCCGACGAUCACAACUCAAAACCUCAGCACAAACAGCAGAGCACCGUCUGUCUUCCAGAUCUGAGGUUGCGUAACAACUUUCCGCGGCGAACUAUCCUCAGGCGUCGCCUUUAGUCAAGGAAUUUCGACCGAGCUGCAUUCUUAGCUUUGUCGCCCCCUGCCAGAUUGACCCUGUGGCGACAUGGCGGGAAUUUUGCUGACUCCUCAGAAGAAACCAACAGACAACAACAAAGCCAGUCGAAGUGGAAAGUCCAAAGCGGAUCAAAGGCCAGCGAAAUCAAAUGAGACCGGCACCGCUACCAGAGAAUCCACCACACCGCCCAAGCCCUCAACUCCCGAGGCGCCGCCGGCCCGCCCCGCGCUGACGCAAGGGAAGCUGUCGCCGACGGCUCCCGAGUUCAAGUCAGAGCAGAUCCGCCCGCUGGUCCCCUUCGACCAGCCGCAAAAUCUGCCGUCAAACCCUGAGCACGGCGUUCCGGAAAUGGUGUUCGACCCAUACCCCGGCAACGGCUUCCUCCCCCAGUACUACUACGACUACUCAGGAGGGUUUAUGGGUGAGCCCGGUAGCGUGCCCCCGGAACAGUGGGAGGAGUACAUGCGCGCGGUCGGGGCAUGCGGAGUAAACCCUGAUGGUUCCCCCGCUGCGCCUCCCGUGCUGCCCAUUCCCGUCGACGGCCAAGGAGAGGCCUUCGUACCGUAUGCUGGGUCGCCUCCUCUUCCGUUCAACGGCCAGUUCUACGCGCCGCAUGCCUUCCCCAUCCAGCCGCCCAUCUACCCCCCGCCGGUCCUCCCGCCCCCCGCCGGCGCUUUCGGUGACUCCAGAUCCGACGGUCCUCCGCUCGGAUUUGUUCCCAUGCCUGGGCAGGUCGACAUGCAGUAUGGACAAGUUCCCCCGCCCGGCUACUUUCUUCCGUACCAAGCCAUGCCGGAUUUCCAGCACCAGCAUCAGCAUCACCCGCCGCACUCGCCGCUCCUCCUCACUCCCCCCGCCGGCCCCCCUGCCGUGCUUCCCCCUCACGGCCCUUCCGCCGCCCCCCCCGCGGGCGCUCCCGGCGGGCAGCCCGGCGCAGCGGGGCGGGCGGAGGCCAGCGAUGAGGGGAGUUGCGGCGGAAUCGACGGCGGGAUGAACUGCCUUAAACUCGAUCCCGCAUCUGCCGACGGCGGUCAGCCGGGUGGCGGCAGGAACUCCGGGCACGCGGGUUCGAACGGCACCGCGCCGCUGAACGCAGCCGCGGAACAGUUCCGCGGUCCGCGCACGUCCCGCCGGCGCAACGGUAAGGUGGGGGAGGGCGAGGGCAAGCGUGCAACCAGCCCCAGUAGCGAUGGGGGAAGCAGCACCGCCAGCGGCAACGUUUCAGAAGGCGCGGGGAACCAGGCGCAGCUGCAGAUGCCGCCAAACGGAUUUGCGCCCGGAGCUCCUCUGGGCGAUCGCGCGGCGGGGGCGGGUGGAAAGGACGGAACGAACGGAACGAUCGACAGCCUGUCGGGGUGCUGCCUGCAGGUGAACCGGCCGGACAUGCCGGUUACAUAUGCGCUGGCGAAAUUUUUCGUGAUUAAAUCGUUCAGCGAAGACGACGUGCACAAGAGUAUUAAGUACAACGUGUGGACUUCCACGCCCGGGGGCAACAAGCGCCUGCACGCGGCGUUCCAGGAGGCGUCCGCGUUGUCGAGCUCCCGCGGCGUGGCCUGCCCGCUGUUUCUGUUUUUCUCAGUGAACGCCAGCGGGCAGUUUUGCGGAGUGGCGGAGAUGGUCAGUCCGGUGGAUUUUCACCGCAGCGUGGGGUUCUGGCAGGAGGAGGAGAGGUGGAACGGGCGGUUCAACGUGCGCUGGCACAUCAUCAAGGACGUGCCGAACGCGCUGCUGAGGCACAUUGCCGUGCCCGCCAAUGAUAAUAAGCCCGUCACCAACUCGCGCGACACGCAAGAGGUGCCCCAGGCGCAGGGCCAGGAGAUGCUGGCGAUCUUCCGCAACUACGCCACGCGCACGUCCAUCCUGGACGACUUCACCUUCUACGACACGCGCCAGCGUGUCAUGCACGAGCGCAGGGUCGCGCGCCAGCAGCAGCAGGGACAGGGGGGGGCGCAGGGGGCCCCACAGGGGGGACCGCAGGGGGGGCCACUGGGGCAGAAUGGGCAGAAUGUGCAGGGGAAUCAUCAGCAGCUGGGGGCGCAGCAGCAGCAGGGGCAGCCUGGAGGUCAGGGAAAGCAGGGGCAUGGGCAGGGAGGGUCGGCGUGGGGUCAGCACCAGCGGUACCAGUUCCGCCCACAACGUUCCGAGCCGUCUGUGCGUGAUGCUCCCAUCAGAGUCGUCUCACAAGGCUCUGUGCCAGUUGCCACUGCUUCGCCUGCGACCACAACCACCAGUGCUCUUGUUUCCACUGCCCCUUCAUCUGCUGGCGGCCGUAGCACAGAGCAGGAGGGGAAGGGAGCAGCAGGUGGGAAGGACGCCUCCUCUGGUAUUGCUGUUGAGGCAGGGAAGAGCAGAGUAGGUGUAGCAGCAGCAGCAGCAGCAGCAUCUGCAUCGUCGUCACAAACCAAUGCUUCGGGAGGGAGAGAUCGUGCAGGCAUGCAUGUGUCAGCGGGGUCGUCAUCGGGGCAAGCAUCGGGUCCCUCCAUGACGCUUGGCAACAGCUCUGUUGCUGUAGUGACCGCUGAAGCUUAGUAUAGGUAGUAUGAUAACUGGGGAAAAAAAUAUGGGAAGAAAAAUGGGGUAAAAAAAUACUGAACAAGGGAGAGGGAUCCUCCAUUGUGCAGGAUAUGCUAAGAUAUUUCAGCUGCUCCCUGGAUGUUUUUGUUUUUCCAGGGGGCAAGCCUUGGGAAGAGUAGUGGGGAAUGGAAUAGAGUUGGGGAGUGUGACCACCUGUGGGGGUGAACUUACCCUUCUGCUCUCUUUUAUGCUGUAUGCCCUUUUGCGGUGUUGCUUUGAUGGCUGAUUCAAGGCCAUGUGCACUGACUGGUGAGGUUCUGAGAAGUUGACAAGUCUGUUUAAGCCUCU